GACGUGUGACGCUGUAAACAAACCCCGGGCGAGGUGGCUGUCGCCUGGCUGCAAGUAGAGAAAGUCUUCUUUUUUCCUCCCCCCCUCUCUUUACCUCCUCUCCAUCUUCUUGUUGACACGCCAGCUAUACGACAUAUUUAUUUGUUCCCCGUCUUGUCUUCUUUCUCCAUAUCUGUUCAGAAGAAGAAUAUUUGGCCUAUUCGUCUCUCCUUCAUUCUGUUCAACCUGUGGCCCCUAUUGGCUGCAGUAAGGUAGAUGUAGGAUCCCCUAGCUGAGGCUGACAGACUGGAAGAGAGCUAGGAAGAGUAAUAAUAGGACAAGAUGAACAAUAAUCAUAGAAGACAGAACAGCCGUGGCCGCUCAACAGUUCUUAAGGUUGUGAUCCUUGGAGAUGGUGGUGUCGGCAAGUCUUGUCUUAUGAAUCGUUUCGUUACUGAUCGAUUUGAUGAGCAUUCCUUCCACACUAUUGGUGUUGAGUUUCUGAAUAAGGAGAUUGAACUUGGAGGCGAAACAUAUACAUUACAGAUCUGGGACACUGCAGGCCAAGAGAGAUUCAAAAGCUUACGAACACCUUUUUAUCGAGGCUCUGACAUGUGUCUUCUGACGUUCUCUGUCGAUGAUCCUUCAAGCUUUCAAAACUUAGACACAUGGCGUAAGGAGUUUGUUUACUAUGCUGAUGUCAAAGCCGAUUUCCCCUUUCUUGUAGUUGGAAAUAAGAUUGAUCUUGAACGAAGAGUAACAUCAGAAGAUGCAGAAGCAUGGUGCAAAGAGAAUGGAGAUCUUCCUUACAUUGAAACAUCUGCUAAAGAUGCCACUAAUGUGGAAGCAUCUUUUAUGAUGUGUUUAAGACGAUGGGCCAAUAUUGAAGGAAGGCAGGAGAGAAUGCCACUUCCAGAUACAGUGCAGCUGGACGGUAAUGGUCCGCACCACCGACUCUGUGCAUGUUCGUCUUAAGCUUAAGGUGAGAUCAAAACAUUGCGUGACCAGAUAGUGUUAUUUUGGCUAACAUUCACUGGAGAAGUGAGUGUUAUUUUCUUCAUCAAGUCCUGAGGAAUAUGGUACUGUAGUUGAAUGUAUAUUUUAGAGCAUCUUCAUGGAGACUCGUGAUAUUUUUCAAGUGAUUGAAAAUAAUUAUAAUGUGUAUGUAAUGCGGUGUACUUGUUUUCAUUAAGUAUAGAAGUGUGUAUAUAUAUAUAUAUAUAUAUAUAUAUAUAUAU